ACUGGCAAAUACUGAUCCUGGCGUGUGGUGUCGUGGCCGUAAGGCAUAAUAUCCAGACUUCACAAACACUCCCAGCGCAAUGGCUUCUCCGGUGCAGCAGCUGCCACCAGGCUGGGCAGCAGAAUGGGACGCGACGCACCAGCGUUACCUUUUCAUCGAGACGGCGACGGGGAAGGCGCAAUGGGAGCACCCGCUGCAGGCACCAGUCCCCCCCAUGGACCCGCGAUCUGCGUCUGUUUCACCCCCUCCUGUCGGCGUAGCUCACCACGGGAAACGGCGUCAAUACGCAGCAGGACAGACUCAGGCGUACUAUGGCGGGGACACGCUGGCCGCGGCGGACCCUUACGGCGGAGCCGCCGCCCCCCAGCCUCUGCAGCCCGCAGCCGCGGCACCACAGCAACUCUUUACGCCUGGCCUGGCGCAGGAUAAUCAGUUCGCGGCACAGCAGCAGCAGGCGCAGCCCUCGUACUUCGCGCCGCCCCAGGACUACGCGAAUGGCCCCGCGUACGGCCAGCAACCGCCGCAGGCCCCCGUCAACGCACUCGCGGACCAGUUCGGCCAUAUGAACAUCCAGGGCGGGCAGAAGCCGUUUCAGCUGUACACCACCAAUCUCCUCACGUCCCCGCCCGACCCCCGCGAGCUCUACCGGCCCCCACCUGAGAUCCGCCUGCCCCCCGGUGCGUGCAUCACGCAGUCCCCUUUUGCUCAGGCCGAUCCAUCGUAUCAGCGGUCCACGCUCAACGCUAUCCCCACCACACAUUCCCUGUUGAACAAGUCGAAAAUACCACUUGCCCUCAUUCUCACACCGUACCGCUCUGUAAAGGAUGGCGACGAGCCAGUCCCGGUGGUAACAGAUACUGUUAUCGCGCGGUGCCGACGAUGCCGUGCGUACAUCAACCCCUAUGUAACAUUCAUAGAUGGCGGCAACCGCUGGCGGUGCUGCGUGUGUGGGAUGUCGAAUGAGCUGCCGCAGCUGUUCGACUGGGAUGCAGUACGGAAUCAGCCAGGGGAUAGGUGGGCGCGGGCGGAGCUCAACCAUUCCGUGGUCGAGUUCGUUGCGCCGACGGAGUACAUGGUCCGGCCUCCUCAGCCUGCCGUGUACAUGUUCUUGAUCGAUGUCAGUCACGCCGCCGUCCAGUCAGGAAUGGUUGCUACCGCUACUCGUACGAUCUUGGAGAACCUCGACCGUAUUCCGAACGAGGACCAGCGGACAAAGGUUGCUAUUAUCGCCUUUGAUGUGUCUUUGUAUUUCUUCUCCAUGACUCCUGGAUCGUCGGAUUGUUCAAUGCUCGUUGUCUCCGACGUCGACGACGUCUUCCUGCCUAAGCCCACCGAUCUCUUGGUGAACCUGUCGGAAUCCCGGCCCGCUUUAGAAGCAUUACUCGGCAGGAUCAACGACAUGUUCCAGGACAACCACAUUAUAGGAAGUGCAUUGGGACCAGCUUUGCAAGCUGGUUUCAAGCUGAUGUCACCUAUCGGCGGGGAAAUCGUGGUUCUGUCUUCAAGUCUCCCAAGUGUAGGCGCGGGUGCACUGAAGAACCGCGAAGACCCGAAAGCCUUGGGCACGUCAAAGGAAUCACAACUACUACAAGCGGCGUCUCCGUUCUACAAGACUUUCGCUAUAGAAUGCUCCAGAGCGCAGGUAUCAGUCACCAUGUUCCUCUUCAGCUCUACAUAUCAGGAUGUUGCAACACUCGCUUGUCUUCCUCAUUACACUUCAGGCCAGACAUACUUUUACCCUGCCUUCAACGCCAGCCGGACCGAAGAUGCGGUCAAGUUUGCCCAUGAGUUUGGCGAGGUGCUGGCUAUGCCUAUCAUGCUGGAGACCAUCAUGCGGGUGCGCGCCUCGAAAGGGUUACGGAUGUCAUCCUUCCACGGAAACUUCUUCGUCAGGUCCACUGACCUUCUGGCUAUGCCGGUUGUUCCUCAAGACCAGUCGUACGCCGUGGAGGUACAGAUCGAAGAUACUAUCACCGCGCCAUUCGUCGUAUUCCAGACCGCGGUUUUGCAUACAACAUGCUUUGGGGAACGUCGGAUUCGCGUUAUCACGUCGGCCCUUCCCACGACAAACAACCUCUCUGAGGUGUUUGCAUCCGCCGACCAAGUGGCGCUUGCGACCCUCCUCGCCAACAAGGCUGUCGAGAGGUCCUUGACGCAUAAACUUGAAGACGCUCGGGAGGCUCUCUUCUCGAAGAUGGUGGAGAUCCUGUCUUCGUACAAGAGCAGCAUGACCGCCGCAGGCGCGGGAGCGAGCGCGCAAUUGGCUAUCUGUGACAAUUUGAAGAUGCUUCCUGUGCUCGUUCUUGGCCUUCUGAAGAACGUUGGCAUCCGUCAGAGCGCCCAGAUCCCGCCGGAUCUGCGGGCAUACGCUCAGGCUCUUCUCACGACUUUGCCAUCGCAGCGGUUGAUACCUUACAUAUAUCCUAACUUCUAUUCAUUACAUAAUAUGCCGCCAGAGUGCGGGACUAUUGGGGAGCAAGGCAUUAUUAUGCCUCCGCCCCUUCCGUUGACUUCAGAGAGACUAGAGCGGCAUGGUUUAUUCUUGAUUGAAGAUGGGCAGACUAUCUUCCUCUGGGUCGGGAGAGACGCUGUCCCGCAAUUGAUUAUCGAUGUCUUCAACCUACCGAACUACGAGACGCUUCGGGGAGGGAAGACUACCUUGCCCAUCCUUGACAAUCCCUUCUCGCAACGGGUCAAUGCUAUUAUCGAGAAGACUCGGGAGAUGCGGCGCGGUCCUUAUUAUCAACAAUUAUACGUGGUGAAGGAAGAUGGCGAGCCGCCACUCAGAUUAUGGGCUUUGAGCUGCCUCAUCCAGGAUCGCGCUGAUGUACUACCAAGCUACCAGCAGUUCAUCUCGCAAUUGAAGGACAAGGUCAACGGUGCUGGAAGUUACUGAGGGUAAAAAAGGGACAAAUGCGUUGUCGUUGCCUGGACUGUGGGACAUUCAGUUUCUCCUUGUUUUUGCAUCGCUCUGUGUGAUUAUGAAAGAGCUUCAUGUGACUGGCCAAAGUGUUCCCAGGUGUGAGGAUAGCUGUCAAGCAGGCUCUGAUCUGUAUUGGACCAAGACUAUGCAUUCCGGGCUCUCUUCAAGGACCCUGAUAGGUUCCGGGUACGAACUCUGUUUGAUGGGUCUCCCUCUGAUAUCAGCG